AUGGGUUCUAAGCUUUUAGUCUUUGCAUUCGUUGUCUUUAUAUUUUGCACCAUUAACAUAGCUAAUAGUAGAAAUCUUUCUGAAGAUCAGAAGAAGACAAUUAGUGAGCAUGGCGGGAGUAUAGGUGGCACAGUAGGUGUUGGUGUAAUAGGAGGUGGUUCUGGUGGUGGUGAGGGAAUAGGAGGAGUCAGAAAACGUGGCGGUGAAGCAGGAGGCGUUGUUAUUGACUAUGAAGGAGAAGGAGAAGGAGGUGGUGGAGACCCUCCCGGUGGCGAAGGUGGUGGAGCAGGCGGCCUAUUUGAUGACAGAGGAGGUGGUGGAGACUAA